UGUUACAAAUGUUCUGUCGUGAGGGCGGUGUUCUCAGUCUCUCGGCGAUUGAUGUCGUCAUCGUGCCAUGUAUCUGACCAAGGUGUAAAAAACAGCAAGCCAUUUUCCGCCAUUCCCGGACCUUCCGGUCGAUACAGCAUACCCUACCUAGGCCAGGCGUUACACUUCCAGCCCUUUGGUCGGUAUUUGCCCAGUACUUUUACUGAUUACCUACGCGGUCUCCGACAUCAGUAUGGACCUGUUGUCCGCCAGAGGGCGGGGAUGCAAUGGAUGGUCUUCCUGUUCAAUCCUGACGACAUACAACGCGUUCUGUUUCAGUAUGAAAAAUAUCCCAUCCGUCCAACAUCUCAUCUUAUGCAUGCGUACUCCAAACGGAGAAACAUACCACUAAGUAUGGCAUUUCAGAAUAAGGCAAAAUGGGUCAAGGCACGUAAACCCGUUCAGGAAUUGAUCCUCAAGCCUAACGCAGUGCCCCGGUACUUCAGUGAGCUUAUGGACAUCGCGGAGGAUUUCAUGGUGAAAAGGAUCGAAGGAAGCAAUCAGCUGGGUGACACAUUACAGGAGCUUACACGCCUCACGAUGGAGAAUUCUGCGAUGUUUUGCUUUAACACACGACUCGACAGUUUUUCUCACGACCAUCACGAGCUUUUGUCAAAUAUCUUAGAUGUUCAUGAUUACCUGGGUCAGUCAUUUAUUCGGUUACCAUGGUAUCGCCUUUUCCCAACCAGAUUCUACCUGGAAUUUGAGAAAGCGUACGAUAACGUUCGCCACACGGCACAGCAAAGCUUAAGUGAAUAUCUGGAAAGAAAAUCCAAACAGCAAAAGAUUUCUUUCCAAGACUUUACGUUCCUAGAGAAGUUGGUAUCGGAUCCCAGAAUGCCCCGGGACAGCGUUGAGAGCGCCAUCACCGAUAUGUUCAUCGCUGGAACAGACGUCACCGCCAAUACUCUCUCAUUUGUCUUGUAUCACUUAGCAAAGAACCCUUUAGUCCAGGACAGACUUUAUGAUGAGAUCAAGCAGUGUUGUGUACAUGGUGAAAUCACUGCAUCUACUCUUGCAAACAUGCCUUACCUGAAGGCUUGUAUAAAAGAAUCUCUGCGACUUGUUCCACCACUGAGAGACGGAAUUCGUCGAUACGUGGAGAAAGACACAGUUGUAGCGGGAUACGAUAUUCCAAGAGGGACAACACUAGUCUUUUGCAACAGCGUCAUCUCUAACGACAAGGCUUAUUUCCCCGAACCCCUCGCCUACAAACCAGAGCGGUGGUUGCGCAGUUCGCCACUUCGUAGCAACUUCCACCCAUUUGCCAUCCUACCUUAUGGUUUUGGCCGGAGGAAUUGUGUUGGGCAAAGAUUUGCAGAUCUUCAAAUGCAUAUUCUUAUUGUAAAGCUUCUUCAGAAGUAUUCACUAAGGCUCCCAGUGGCGGAUGGAGAGCUCCCUUACACCUACACCAUAUUUGCUACACCUUCUCGGAAGUUCUCUGUCCUGUUAGACAAACGAGUAAAGAAGAAAGACGAACGUAGAUGUGAAGCGGAGGGACAAUGAAGGGUUGAUGGACGAACACUAUGAUAUACAGUGUAUCCACGCCACGGGAUGCUUUCAAUGACGAGGAUAAAACUGUCCGAAGUUGCAGAUUGAGGAAGGAAUCCAACUUGUACAACCUACUGUUUCAUAAAUUGGCUGUGGGUUUUGCGUCAUAUCAACCGUACAAAGACUGAGAUACCUAUAUUUCCAUCUAACACCCACGCCAACAACUAGAUGGACUGGUGAUCAAGAUUAGGGGAAAUAUUGGAAUUCUUGAUUUCUUCUUUUGAUCCAUUCCAUACUCGGUACACAUGUUGUAUAGAGUACAUGUUUAAAAUAUUACUUUUA